AUGAACUAUCUCCGGAACUCCAACUCCAACCCCAACCCCAACCCCAUUCGCACCCCCACCCUCACCCCCACCCCCCCGACCAAGCCCAAACUCCGCAUCCUGUGCCUGCACGGCGCGCUCGGCAGUGCGUCCGUCCUGCGCUCCCAGGCUGCGCCUCUCGCCAACCUCUCGAGCGUCGCCGACCUGGUCUUCGUCGACGCGCCCGCCCUCUCCCGCGGCGGGCGCGGAUGGUUCGACCUGUCCACCUAUGCCGGCCUGGACGAGACGUACGCGUACCUCUCCAACAUUCUGCACACGCACGGGCCCUUCGACGGCGUCCUCGGUCUCUCGCAGGGCGCCGUCCUCGCGUCGAUUCUGGUCGGGUGGUUUGACUUUGCCAUCAUGUUUGGCGGGUUCGUCGCGCAGCAUCCCGAAGUCAGGAAGGUUUAUGCCGGGAAAGAAUACGCCCGGCCAAGCCUUCAUGUGUAUGGGAUGGCGGAUAGGAUCGUCUCGCCCGAAUCGAGUAAGCGGCUCGCGGGGAUGUUUACGGACCCGACGGUCGUUGUUCAUGGUGGCGGACAUGUUAUCCCGAGCGAUAAGGCAUCGGUGCGCCGCGUCGAAGAGUUCGUGGCUCGUCGUCAUGCCGCCCGCUUCGGUUAG